UAGUUGAAGUGUCUUAUAUAUGAAUUAUUAAACAGUUUAAUUAUAUAUGUUGACUUUGAGUUGUCUAUAUAAAGAGGUGAAAAUAAGCAUGGUGUCACAUAUCGCAUUUGAUAUAUAUGAUCAAGUCUAUAGAGAUCAAUAAAGUGAGAAAAAUAAGAUAAAUUAUCAUGAAAAACGAUCAGGUGCGAUUAAAUUGUGGAGUAACAAUGCCUCUCAUUGGCUUAGGUACUUAUUCCUACCAAAACGAUAGGAAAACAACAGAAUCAGCCAUUCAUAUGGCCCUCAAGAUGGGUUACAGGCAUUUUGACACUGCAAAGAUAUAUGGGUCUGAACCAGCUGUGGGAAAUGCUUUAAUGGAAGCAAUUUCGGAUAGAAGAGUAGAAAGGGAGGACCUUUUUGUCACUUCCAAACUUUGGGGAAGUGAUCACCAUGACCCAGUUUCUGGACUCAAACAAACUCUAAGGAACUUGAGCAUGGAAUAUUUGGACUUGUACUUGGUGCACUGGCCAGUGACUCUAAAACCUUGGGCUCGUUUUGCCGUUCCCAACGAAGAUGAGUUUGAAAAAUUAGACUUGGAAUCCACUUGGGCUGGCAUGCAAAAAUGCCUUGAAUUGGGUUUGUGUAGAUCUAUUGGUGUCAGCAAUUUUUCAUCCAAAAAGAUUCACACACUCUUGGAUUUUGCCUCUGUUACCCCAGCUGUCAAUCAGGUGGAAAUGCAUCCGAUGUGGAGGCAAGCAAAACUGAGAGAGGUUUGUGGGGACCACAAAAUCCAUGUAAGUGCUUACUCACCACUUGGUGGCCCUGGGAAUUCAUGGGGGUCAACGGCUGUGAUUGACCAUCCCACUAUUCAAUCCAUUGCCAAAGAACGCAAAGCCACUCCACCUCAGGUUGCUUUAAGAUGGGGGCUAUCGAAAGGAUCAAGUGUGAUUGUAAAAAGCUUCAAUGAGAUUAGAUUAAGAGAGAACUUUGUAGCCCUUGAUUUGAAAUUGGACGAUCAUGAUUUCCUCCAAAUUGACAAAUUGGAGCAAUGGAAGAUCAUGAGGGGAGAUUUUCUUUGCAAUGACACCACAAGCCCAUACAAGUCAAUUCAAGAUCUUUGGGAUGAUGAAAUUUAGUAAUAACUACGUACGACACUACUGUUUUAUAGUAUUAUAUAUAUCUAAACUAAUUUGCAACAUCUACAGUCUUAUGUUCCAUGUUAUUCUUGUCUUCUUUUUACUUGAAUGUUGGGGUUUUCUCAAGCAAAACAUUAAGGAAAGAGAAAACAAAAUGUGUUUUAAUUAAGUAUUUACAUUUAGGAAAACCCAAAGCUAUUUGUAUAUGUUCCGUAUAACUUAUGACAUCGAAAAAAAAAAAAAAAAGUUGUGUUUCUCCAAAAAGUAUAUACAUUGAAAGUGUGUCCUUCUCAA